UACAUCAAUCAUGAUCAGUAGAGUGCUUGCGGCAAUAUAAUUUGAAAAGCGUUUAUGUACAAGGAAGCCAAAAAAAUUGACAACAUGGCAAACCAGCAGACAAACCAACAGGCAAGAUCCUGGGACCCUAAAUUCACGCACGAAGAUAGGGAGAGAUGGAUUUGUGUCUAUCCAGCCUACAUAAAUAGCAAGAAAACUGUGAAGGAAGGAAGAAGAAUUCCAAAAGACAAGGCUGUAGAAAACCCAUCAUACAUAGAGAUCAGAGAUGUGUGUUUAAACGCCCAGCUGAUUAUUGGUGUUGAGAACAAGACAUAUUGUAGGGAGCUUGAACACAAAGACUUGAAAUACAGGGGCAGAAUACGAAUACAGUUGAAAAAUGCUGAUGGAAGCCUAAAAUAUGAAAAAUUCCCUACAAGACAGUCCAUAUUACUAUAUCUAGGAGAAACAAUACCAAAGUUGAAAUCGCGGCAGCAUGGUGGUGGGGGAUCUCAGCAGGGCGCACAACAACAGCCGGGAGGCAAGCCUCAGAAAAAGAAAGGAAGAAAAGGCAAAUGAACUAAUCAGAAAUAGAUUAGUGAACAUUUAAUAUUUAGUACUGUUGAAAUUAAGCUGGCCAUUUAUCAAACAGAAAAGGAAGAGUUUUCCAGAAUCUUCUAAAAAUGUGGAUGGUGUUUGAUACUUUUUUCCACUAUAUGAAUUACAUUAAAUUUUGCUGACAAUAUUUUACAUUCUUGCGUUUAUAGUGGCAUGCCAGAUGUACGUUGCAACAUCAGAUUUUUUUCAAAAUUGAUGACAGUGUUCUUCAGAUGUAGGAAACCAAGUGGCAACGUUAUUUGAAUUCUAUUUUGAGAUAUAUUUCGAGUAAUUGUAAAGUACAGCUUAUAACCUAUUGUUUCAUAUCGUGUCUACUGUAUACCUAUGACAGUAGAUGGCUGUUUUACAAAUUGUACAGAAUUCAUGAACGAUUUGAUAAGUAAUCGCCAUCAUGAACUCGCUGAAUCAU